AUGAAGGCACCUUUUGGUAUCUUACAAUACAUCGUCAGUCUGGGUACGCCCACCAACUCUGGCUGCGGAAAGCCACUGCCUGAGCAUUUCCUUCCUGGAGGAAGCUAUAAGACGCACAUCAACACAACGGAUGGUCUCCGGGACUAUAUCAUCCACAUUCCGUGCAGCUAUGAUGAGAAUAGAGCAAUCCCGCUCAUCUUCUCUUUCCACGCGAGAGACAAAAACGCUGAAUACCAGGAGCAGCUUUCGCAGUUCAGUAAUGUAGCAUGGAAUCCUGAUGCUAUUGCAGUCUACCCCCAGGGGAUCGAUAAUCAAUGGCAAGGAGAUCCAGAUUCUCACGGAGUCGACGACGUGGGAUUUACUCUGACAAUGCUCGACCACUUCGAGGACAGAUACUGCAUCGAUUCAUCACGCGUCUAUGCUACUGGUAAAUCAAAUGGCGGGGGCUUCACAAACCUCCUAGCCUGUGAUGCAAAAGCCUCUAAACGUAUUGCAGCAUUUGCCCCUGUUUCAGGAGCUUUCUACCAGGAUGUAGCCCCGGCCGACUGCAAUCCUGAAACCGUGCCAAUCGAAUGUAGCCCUGGACGGGAUGUAAUCCCGAUCAUUGAGUUCCACGGUUCGGCUGAUCCGGUAAUACCAUACAAUGGAGGUAGUAGACGAGGAGAGUGUCUACCUUCUUUACCGCAUUUUAUUCAGGAUUGGGCAAGCAGGGACGGACUUGGGGAGCAGAAUCAAACAACAAGCCUUUACAAUGGUAGUGUCUUGGAAUAUCAGUACGGCUCGGGAACAGACUUGGGAACUGUGACUCAUUAUUGGAUUGAGGGACUGGGUCAUGCUUGGCCUAGCACAGAUCCGAAUUGUGACAAUCUCAAUGGGACUUAUCUAAACGCGACUCCCAUGAUCAUGGACUUUUUCAGUCGCUGGACCUUGCCCUAG